AUUCAGCGCCCAUCCCACUUCAAUCCCACAAUCCAACGGAGUGGGACGUCGCUCUACGCUUCUUGUUAAUGUCUUUGGUUUGGCCGAAUUUGACGAAGGGAUGAUAGUGCAGUGAGAAACGAGCGCUGUAUGACUUUGGAGCGGCUGCGCACUCUUCUGUUGUUCCGACAUGGCGUAGGGGAGGAGUUCAAAACCAGAUAAACCGGCUUGUAAAUAAAUGUGCCUGGGCGGACCACUCUUUGUGUAGCAAGGGCGAGCGUUGCAGGGAGUUGGGCGGGCGUCAGGAAGAGGGUAGGAGGCACUCGGCGACGUUAAUGCCAACAUGGCAGCAAGCAGCGAAGGCCCGGCAGCGGGAGGCAGCGAGCUCAGGCAAGCGCUCCGGCAGAGAGAAGCCAACAGGAAGCUGAAGUACUUGAGCUUGGCAGUCCUCGUGGUCCAGAAUGCCUCCCUCAUCCUCAGCAUCCGCUAUGUCCGCACGCUGCCGGGCGAUCGCUUCUUCACCACAUCUGCUGUGGUCAUGGCAGAGGUGCUCAAGGUCCUCACCUGUCUGGUUAUUAUUCUGUUCCAGAAGAGAGGAAACAUGACGGAUUUUAUAGUUCUGCUCUUCGACUCCAUCUUUGUCCAAUAUUUAGAUACACUAAAGCUAGCAGUUCCCUCCCUCAUUUACACUCUUCAGAAUAACCUCCAAUACGUGGCCAUCUCCAACCUGCCUGCCGCCACCUUUCAGGUGACGUACCAGUUAAAAAUCCUGACCACAGCCCUUUUUUCAGUACUGAUGCUGCGGAAGAGCCUGUCUCGCGUGCAGUGGGUGUCCUUGGUCCUGCUUUUUGCUGGAGUCGCCCUUGUGCAAGUGGAGCAGGAAGGGAAGCAGAAGGAGACGUCGGUUGCGGGAGUGAACCAGAACUAUGCAGUGGGACUGGUGGCAGUGGUGGUUUCCUGCUUGUCCUCGGGAUUUGCCGGCGUGUACUUUGAGAAGAUCCUGAAGGGCAGCUCGGCCUCUGUGUGGAUGAGGAACGUGCAGCUUGGCAUCUUUGGCACGGCACUGGGCCUCCUGGGUCUGUGGUGGAACGAUGGCCCUGCCAUCGGCGAGAAGGGCUUCCUGUUUGGUUACACGCCCAUGGUGUGGGGCGUGAUUUGUAACCAGGCCUUUGGGGGCCUGCUGGUGGCCGUAGUCGUGAAGUAUGCAGACAACAUCCUCAAGGGUUUUGCCACGUCCUUCUCCAUCAUCGUCUCCACUGUCACCUCUGUCUACCUCUUCGGGUUCCACAUGGACCUCCUCUUCACAUUAGGUGCCGGUCUGGUCAUAGGAGCGGUCUACAUGUACAGCCUUCCCAAAGUAGCUGCUCCCUCUUCUGCCUCCACUGUCUCUGCUUCCACCCAGAGUAGAAGCCAAUUGGCCAGCAGAGAUGGCGACUCGGAAACGGACGCUUUCCUCCCAAAGCUCCCAGGAAAGGAAAAGGAGAUGCUAACAUUUUUCAGGAAACGAUCCUUGACACCGACACCACACAACAUUCAAUGACCACACCAAAGAGCUAGAAGAAUGGGCCUGCUACCGUACCAUGUGCCUUCAAAGUGAAUCUGCACAAAAUGUAAAACAAAAGCGUAGAGUUUUAAAGCUAUGCAUGUCUAAUAUGAUUACCUUUUAUGCAAAGGUUUUUAAUGAAAUGACAGAACUCUGACUUGUUUAACCAAAAAAAACAGCAGUAUUUCCUCUUUGAAUUUCAAGUGAACCUUUGAUUUAACGUUUGCCUUUUUCUGUUAUUUUGUGACGGGCAACUUUGUUGUUGCUGAAAUCACUUUAAAAUCCUGGAAGUGAAAAGGAGGGGUGCGUGUGAAUUCUUAGUUUAAGGCAUUAAUGUUUUGUUUGUGUGAAACGUAGCAUUAACUUGGAAUGCUGCCUUACUCUAACUGAAUAUACAGAUUUCAGUAGUCAUGUUUGACAUAACACUAAUAAUAAUGCUGCCACAGACCAUAAUGUGAUGACUAAUCUAACAAUGCUUUCCACAGAAUAGUCGCUUAACAUUUGUUUUGUUUUACAAAAUGCAGUAUGUUUUGCAUUAUUUUUAGUUCACUUAUUUAUUGAUCUUUUUACAUUUGAGCAUUUAGGAUUACUUUGAAAUCGGUGCUCACACACACUUGUUGCCUUUAAUGUGACAUUGUUCAAUAGAAAAGCUGUCUGGUUAGUUUAUUACAGAAUCAGUGUUUUACCUGUUCAGUCUUAUUUUGAUAAAUGUAUUAGAAUGCUUGGUAGUGUCUCAGUAUUUCAAUGGAAGCUUUUUUUUGCUGACAUUUUAUUUUUCAUGUUUAUUUAAAAGGUUGUGAUGAAACAAAAUGGUUUGAUUUCAUCCUGAAGUUAAAGGCUAUUGCUCUGUGUGCUUGUUAUCAUAAAUGUACACUCUGAUUUAAUGUUUGGGAAGGCCAUAAUUUAAGAUGGGUCUUAAUGCCUUUGUCUUUACAGUGACUUGAUAUGUUCAUGAAUAGAAACUGUAACUCCAUAAUGUAUACAGGGAAACAUGAGUUGUAGUGACAUUAAGAAUCUGUUUUAUUAUAUGUAAGUUAACAGUAGUAUGCAUAUCAAAAAACUAAAUUUGUCGUAAAUUGAUAACAUUACAAACCAAUUUAUAGAGAAAAAUAUGUAUUUUUGUUUUACGUUAUGGAUCUGUUUUAGACAUGUUUACAUGUGACCACAACCAUGGUCUUAAAGUGCUAUACAAGCCGUUUUUUUGUUGUUCAUGCAACAUGUUCAUUUUGUAUCACUGGUCUUUUUGUGUAAACCAGACAAUUGAAAGAAAAUGUUCUGUGGAAUUUAUAUUACCAUUUUCAGCUUGAGAAUACUGUGUGUAUUUCAUGUUGAGAAUAUUUCCUAAUUUUAGCCUUGUGAAAAUUAACAAAUGACCAAAAUUUACUUGCAUGUUGUAAUUUCUAUGAAUAAACAAUUUUACCUUCUAUCUUCAA